GUGGGCGGCUGAGCCGUGGGGCUGGCAGCCUUCUCUCCGAGGGGCCCGCGCGGUGCUUCGCGGGCCAGCGGCGGCCCGCUUCACGUCAGCCUUGUCUGAUCGUCGUCAGGUCUCUUCGUGACAGCCCCGGCCACUGGCUUCCUCAGGAGACCGCGACCUGCCGGCGACCUGAUGGCCAAAAGAAAAGAAGAAAAUUUGUCUUUUCUUGAAAAUGCUAAAAGACCAAGACAAGAAGAAUUGGAAGACUUUGAUAAAGAUGGUGAUGAAGAUGAAUGUACACUUUCUUUCACUAAUGGUACAUCUACUUUGACUGCAGCAGAAGUUGGAAUAAUUGAGAGUAUUCAGUUAAGAAACUUCAUGUGCCAUUCGAUGCUUGGACCUUUUAAAUUUGGAUCUAAUGUCAAUUUUGUUGUAGGGAACAAUGGAAGUGGAAAGAGUGCGGUCCUCACAGCUCUCAUAGUUGGUCUUGGUGGAAAAGCAGUUGCUACUAAUAGAGGAUCCUCUUUAAAAGGUUUUGUGAAAGCUGGACAGAACUCAGCAGAUAUCUCAAUAACAUUAAGGAACCGAGGAGAUGAUGCCUACAGGGCCAAUGUGUAUGGCAACUCUAUAGUUGUGCAACAACACAUCAGCAUGGAUGGAAGUCGGUCUUACAAACUCAAAAGUGAAAAAGGUGCUAUAGUUUCUACUAAGAAGGAAGAGCUGAUUGCAAUUCUUGAUCAUUUUAACAUCCAGGUGGAUAAUCCAGUGUCUGUUUUGACACAGGAGAUGAGCAAGCAGUUCUUGCAGUCUAAAAAUGAAGGUGAUAAAUACAAAUUUUUCAUGAAAGCAACUCAACUUGAACAGAUGAAGGAAGAUUAUUCAUACAUUAUGGAAACAAAGGAAAGAACGAAGGAUCAGAUAAAUCAAGGAGAAGAGCGACUUACUGAACUAAAGCGCCAAUGUUUGGAGAAAGAGGAACGUUUUCAAAAUAUUGCUGGUUUAAGUACAAUGAAGACGAAUUUAGAGUAUUUGAAACAUGAGAUGGCUUGGGCAGUGGUCAAUGAAAUUGAAAAACAAUUGAAUGCUAUCAGAGAUAAUAUCAAAAUUGGAGAAGAGCGCGCUGCUAAACUUGACAGGAAAAUGGAAGAACAGCAGGUCAGACUUAAUGAUGCAGAAAAAAGAUACAAAGAUAUUCAAGAUAAACUAGAAAAAAUAAGUGAAGAGACAAAUGCACGAGCACCAGAAUGUAUGGCAUUGAAAGCAGAUGUCACUGCAAAGACAAGAGCUUAUAAUGAAGCUGAGGUUUUAUAUAAUCGUUCCCUUAAUGAAUACAAAGCAUUAAAGAAAGAUGAUGAACAGCUCUGUAAAAGAAUUGAAGAAUUAAAGAGAAGUACUGAUCAAUCUUUGGAACCAGAACGAUUGGAAAGGCAAAAAAAAAUAUGUUGGUUAAAAGAGAAAGUAAAGGCCUUACAAGAUGAGGAAAAUUCAGCUUAUCAAGAGAUUGAACAGUUUCAAUAUGCCAUAGAAAAGUACAAAGCCGAGCAUGUGAGAAUUAAGCGAGAAGAUAUAGAUGUGAAGCAUGCACUGAACUAUAAUCAGCGGCAGCUAAAAGAACUGAAAGACAGCAAAACUGAUCGACUAAAAAGAUUUGGUUCUCAUGUUCCAGCUCUUCUGGAAGCAAUAGAUGAUGCUUAUAGGCGGGGACGUUUCACCCAUAAACCUAUAGGCCCUUUAGGAGCAUGUAUUCAUCUGCGGGACCCGGAGCUUGCUUUGGCUAUUGAAUCUUGCUUAAAAGGACUUCUGCAAGCUUAUUGUUGCCAUAAUCAUGCUGAUGAGAGAGUACUUCAGGCACUGAUGAAAAGAUUUUAUCCACCAGGGAGCUCUCGGCCACAGAUAAUAGUUUCUGAAUUUCGGAAUGAGAUGUAUGAUGUAAGACACAGAGCUGCUUAUCACCCAGAGUUUCCAACAGUUUUGACAGCUUUAGAAAUAGAUAAUGCUGUUGUUGCAAAUAGCCUAAUUGACAUGAGGAGCAUAGAGACAGUGCUGCUAAUCAAAAGUAAUUCUGUAGCUCGUGCAGUAAUGCAGUCCCAAAAACCACCCAAAAAUUGUCGAGAAGCUUUUACAGCUGAUGGUGAUCAAGUUUUUGCAGGACGUUAUUAUUCAUCUGAAAUCACAAGGCCUAAAUUCCUCAGCAGAGAUGUGGAUUCUGAAAUAAGUGAUUUGGAGAAUGAGAUUGAAAAUAAGAAGAGCCAGAUAGCAAAUCUUGAGCAACAUUUGUCUGCCCUUGAAAAGGAUAUUAAACAUAAUGAAGACUUCCUUAAAAGAUGCCAACUACAUUAUAAAGAAUUAAAGAUGAAAAUAAGAAAAAGUAGCUCUGAAAUUCGAGAACUUGAGAAUAUAGAAGAACACCAGUCUGUAGACAUUGCAACUUUGGAAGAUGAAGCUGAAGAAAAUAAAAUCAAAAUGAAAAUGGUUGAGAAAAAUAUGGAGCACCAAAAAGAAAACAUGGAGAAUCUUAAAAGUCUAAAGAUAGAAGCCGAAAAGAAGUAUGAUUCAAUUAAAUUAAAAAUCAAUCAACUCUCAGAGCUAGCAGAUCCACUGAAGGAUGAAUUAAACCUUGCUGAUUCUGAAGUGGAUAGCCAGAAACGAGGAAGGCAGCAUUACGAAGAUAAACAAAAAGAACACUUGGACACCUUAAAUAAGAAGAGACGAGAGCUUGAGAUGAAAGAAAAGGAACUUGAGGAGAAAAUGUCACAAGCAAGACAGAUCUGCCCAGAACGGAUAGAAGUAAAAAAAUCUGCAUCAAUUCUAGACAAAGAAAUUAAUCGACUACGGCUGAAGAUACAGGCGGAACAUGCUAGUCAUGGAGAUCGGGAGGAAAUAAUGAAGCAGUACCAAGAAGCAAGAGAAACCUAUCUUGAUCUGGAUAAUAAAGUAAGAACUUUAAGACGAUUUAUUAAAUUACUAGAAGAAAUAAUGACCCAUAGAUACAAAACAUAUCAACAAUUUAGAAGGUGUUUGACUUUACGCUGCAAAUUAUACUUUGACAACUUAUUAUCUCAGCGAGCCUAUUGUGGAAAAAUGAAUUUCGAUCACAAGAAAGAAACUCUUACUAUAUCCGUUCAGCCUGGAGAGGGAAAUAAAGCUUCCUUCAAUGACAUGCGAGCCCUGUCUGGUGGUGAACGUUCUUUCUCCACUGUGUGCUUCAUUCUUUCUCUGUGGUCCAUUGCGGAAUCACCUUUCAGAUGCCUGGAUGAAUUUGAUGUCUACAUGGAUAUGGUUAAUAGGAGAAUUGCAAUGGACAUGAUACUUAAGAUGGCAGAUUCCCAGCGUUUCAGACAAUUCAUCUUGCUUACCCCUCAAAGCAUGAGUUCACUUCCUUCAAGCAAAUUAAUUCGAAUUCUUCGAAUGUCUGAUCCUGAAAGAGGGCAAAGCAUAUUGCCUUUCCGACCUGUGACCCAAGAGGAAGAUGACAACCCAAGUUGAUGCUAUAAUACACCCUUUUCUCAUGUUGAAAGAUUUGUGUGGGGAAAAUAAUAUUCUGGACUGUUUGAAAUAAAAUGAUACUGAAGAUAAUCUAAGAUAAAGAAAGUCAUUUACUCUGACUGCCAUAAACUAUGUAAGUAAGCUUAGAAAACCAGCUGUAACCAGCAGUUCAAAACUACUCUUGCUUCCCUUUGUGCAAACAAAUUUCAUAAUACUGGUUUUAAAUAUUUUGUGUUUGUUUUGGAAAUUUUUUGUGUUAUUUGUUUGUGUGUUUUUACCAUCUACUUUUUAUAGAUUUUUCAAGAGUGAAAUUUUGUACAUAUGCACAUGUACAUAUGUGUUUAGUUUGGGUUUAUUUCUAUAGUAUUUUAUAAGAAUUAAAAUAAAAAUUUGAGUACCUGA